UGACAUGACAGCCGAACAAAAAUUAUUACGGCGUGGAUUUGUAGUUAAAAUUUUGUGAAACUUGCACGCUUACUGUAAGAAGUAUUUGUUAUACAAUUUGUUGUGUGUUUUAUACCGUUAUUGGUAAUCGUAUUUAAGAAUUUUAUAAGUGAAGAUAAUGACCGAUAUUUCAAAAGUUUUGAGUCAAAGUUUGUGCAUAUCAUUGUCCCUCUACUCGAGUUCCCCGGUGUUUUUGCCGUUAUAGCAGCAGGAAACGCGUUUACCUGGCAAUGUUGAAGAGAGUAUUCGAUUUACAUGGAACUGAAAGAGAUUAUUUUUGAUUGUUUGUGUUGAAAUCGUUGGAUUUAUAGUGACGAGAUGUACCCAACGCCGACGCGGCACCCGGCGGCCGCGGUAAGGGGGCCACAACCUACUCCAGGACCUAUAAAAUUUACAAUAGCAGAUACUUUAGAGCGUAUAAAAGAAGAAUUUAACUUUUUACAAGCACAAUAUCAUACAUUAAAAUUAGAAUGUGAGAAACUAGCUAGUGAAAAAACUGAAAUGCAAAGGCAUUAUGUAAUGUACUAUGAAAUGUCUUAUGGAUUAAAUGUUGAGAUGCAUAAACAGACGGAGAUAGCAAAGAGGUUAAGUGCUAUAAUAGGGCAGGUGCUCCCUUUUCUAGCACAGGAACAUCAGCAACAAGUGGCCUCAGCUGUCGACAGAGCGAAGCAAGUUACUAUGACCGAAUUGAACUCUAUCAUUGGGCAGCAACAGCAGCAAGGUCUUCAACAACUUCUACAGCAAAUCCACGCGUCCGCAGGCCUGCCGCACGGCGUAGGCGCAGCCGGUGGCUUACUAGGCGCAGGCGGGCUCCUAUUCGCUGGUGGAGCGCCACCGCCGCCGCAUUUACCGCCGCCUGCGCAUAAAGUGGAGCUCCCUCCUCCAGCAGACGUGAAGCCUGUAUUGCCUGGAGGGCCGCCGCCUCCGCCACUAUUGCCAGGCCAGCCGCCACCUCGGGAAGACGAAAGACUGCUCGCCUCUAGAGCUUUGCAACAGCGGCGUUCGGUAUCACCCCAUGAGCGAGAGCAGAAAUACCGCCCGCCCCGCUCCCCCGUAGAACCGGAGGCUUUAGACGUGAAACGCAGAAAAGACGAGAAGGUACUCAGCCAUGUGAGUCUGUGUAGUGAUAGCGACGCUGAAAAGAGUGAUCAAGAUCUUGUUGUUGAUGUUGCUAAUGAGGAGGAACGAGGGUCGCCAGCGAGGACGGAGGGAGAGAGGACAGAGAAUGGAGCCCGACCCCCAUCCAGAUCCGGGUCCUCCUCCAGUCGGUCUACGCCGAAGAGUUCUAAAGACGAAAAGCCGGGCACACCAGGAGCUAAGAUAGGCCGCGCGUCUACCCCGACAGGCACGCCCAGGCCGGCGGGGUACGGGUUCCCAGGGUACGCAGGGUACAGACCACCACACCCCUACGACAACCCACACCACAGAACUAACGGCGUCGCGCCCGCUAAACCAGCAUACUCCUACCACACAUGCGGCGGGCCUCUACAACCCGUCCCAUUCCCAGCCGACGCGUUAAUAGGCCCGGGCAUACCUAGAGGGGCGAGACAAGUAGCCGCGCUACCUCACGGCGAAGUGGUAUGCGCUGUGGCCCUGUCAGUGAGCAAUGGAGCGAGACACGCGUACACUGGUGGCAAGGGAUGUGUUAAAUUGUGGGAUAUCACGAAUCCGGGCUCGCCUAACGCGCUGGAACCUUUAUCGCAGCUGGAUUGUUUGCAAAGGGACAACUACAUUCGGUCAGUGAAGCUGUUACCGGACGGACGUACGUUAAUAGUGGGGGGAGAAGCGUCGACGCUGUCCAUAUGGGACUUGGCUUGUGGCACGCCGAGAGUACGGGCGGAACUUACAUCGUCCGCGCCCGCUUGCUACGCUCUAGCCAUCUCUCCAGACUCGAAGGUAUGCUUCAGUUGCUGUUCCGACGGUAACAUCGCAGUAUGGGACCUUCAGAAUCAGACUUUAGUUAGACAAUUCCAAGGGCACACAGACGGCGCGUCAUGCAUAGACAUAAGUCCGGAUGGGUCGCGGCUGUGGACGGGCGGGCUGGACAACACGGUGCGCUCGUGGGACCUGCGCGAGGGCCGCCAGCUGCACCAACACGACUUCUCCAGCCAGAUAUUCUCGCUGGGAUACUGCCCUACUGGUUCAUGGCUAGCAGUAGGUAUGGAAAAUUCGCACGUGGAGGUGUUGCACGCGGGCAAGCCAGACCGCUACCAGUUGUUGCUCCACGAGUCGUGCGUGCUCUCACUCAAGUUCGCGGCCUGCGGGAAGUGGUUCGUGUCCACGGGGAAGGAUAACCUGCUCAACGCGUGGCGCACGCCUUACGGCGCGAGCAUAUUCCAGUCAAAAGAAUCAUCAUCGGUGCUUAGCUGCGACGUGUCAGCCGACGACAAGUUCAUAGUGACGGGAUCUGGUGACAAGAAGGCGACAGUCUACGAAGUGGUGUACUGAGCUGAGUGACAGCGGUAAUCUCAUAGGCAAUAACACGGUCCACUACUGUAGUGAGAUUCUGGUUUGGCUGCUGUGUUCGGCUGGUUGAGGAACUGUUAAAAUGUUACCUCUGAUGUACCUCUGACUAGCCCUAUUGGGAAUAUAUCCGUGAGCUUUGUAGAUCUCUCAAACCUCCUUUGAUUAGACUUCAUGCAUUUUAAAUAUUAUGGUAGUUUAUAAUUUUUUAACGUAUGAGGGCUAAUAAUAGCAAGAAAAGGCCCGCCUUUGUCCUUCAUUACAAAACAUUUAAUUACUAAAUACAUUCCAUACAUUUAAACUGGGAAAAACAACGACAUAAUUACAUUUAGACUAAAUUGUCUUAAGGGGCCUCUACGUAUUGGCUUCGGCCCCACGCACGCCUUCUAAAAGUCCGGAAUUCCAUAGGUCCGAGAUAAAACACUUUAUUGCACAAAACAUGUUUAAAAGGUAGCUAUCAAAUUAACGCAUUCACUAUUUGGAGCCUUUUAUAAUAAUAAAGACGGCCAGCCGAACACAGACAGGCAAACUUCGUUUUAUAGUACAUUAAGAGUAUGUAUGACGAAGUACUAAAUAUAAUUUUAAAAAUAAUAUGUAUCAAAUAGAUCAAUGUUGCACCGUUAAACAUGGAUAUGUUUAGUAUUAUUGUAUAUUUUUAUAAUUAAAUAAGGAAAAAUCGAUUUUUUAUUAUUUUCUAAGUUGAUAGUUUCAACAGUCCGUUUCUUACGAGUAUUUAUUAUGUUAGUAAGAUAUAGAUUUAUAAUUUGUAAUAUCCAGACUGAUAGACUCAGGAUAGUGCUGAUGUUCUCAAUAGGUACGCUUUGCCAACUUAUCUUUAGUUUUGGGGGAAAACUGUGGUGCAAAAGUCGUAUUUUUUAAUCGUCCAAAUAGUUUGAAAUAUUUUCAUUUUAUUUUUAUCAUUCCAGCCAGUUCAAAAUAUAAAACAUAUCAAAGAUUUUUAAAUAUAAUCAAAUUAUAAAUGGAAUAUAAAAAUACGCAUUUGUUCUAGUAAUCAGUCAUAUUUUUCUACACAUAGUUUUCUCCUUCUAUAGAUAAUGUUGUCCAAUAUCAAUAAAUCAAUUCUCAAAUAAAAUUUUGCACUUGAGAUUAGACUAAGACUACUAUUUUUACCACUAGCAAGAAACUCAGUUUAACACUGGUUUGUGGAUAAUAUCUUGGCAAUAAUUAUUAAUAUAAAAUGUAUAAGAUGUAAUUUGUAAUAAGAAAGUUUUUAAAAGAGAGUAUAAUAUGUUCCUAUUCUUAUUUCGACACGCUAGUGGUAGCUUCAGUUGCUUUUAUAGUGUGUUAAAUAAGAUAUUAAAUGUAACUUGUGCCUUGUUUAUGAUUAAUAUUCACCCGCCAGUGAGAAACAAAUGUCUUUCAGUGUUACUAAAUAGUAGAUAUGCUAAUGUGUGCGUCCCUUUAUUUCGCUGCUCAUUGCGCUUAUAAAAUUAGUACAAGAUUAUAGUUCCUUUAUUUUACGAGAACAAUUUAGUAAUCGAUAUGAAAUCUGUGUAUUUAUGAAUGUUAAAAUCUGUAACAGAAAAGGUUCUUUUGUACUUAUUAAGAAAAUCAUAUUUCAUGAUCUGCAAAAUGUGAUAAAGCAAUUUUAAUAGUUUCUCCAGUGACGUCGAAUGAAUGCAAUUUUAGUAUUUAAUUAAUACGACACGUGAAUUGAAUAUGUGUAGUUGACCAAUUGUUAUUUUUAUGCAAAUCUUAAUGGAUUUACUUUUAAUUAUAUUUAUUAUUUCGAUAAAUUU